CACAACGACUGUUUAUCAUAGACAAUUUAUUUUCCAGCGCUAAGUCAACAUAUAAUAGCAAACUUACAACAAUUAUUUAACAUUUUUAAAGCCAUGAAGGGACAGAGCACGGAGCGGUCGGGGAGAGCGGCGGAGCAGGAGGCAGACGCACCGCGGGUUCCCCGGGAGGGCCCGCGCGGCGCGGGGCGCCGUCCCUAAGCCGCUGGGUCGCCUGCGUCGCGGGGAGCGCAGCGCCGGCUCGGGCUCGCCAUGAGCCACCUCUUCGGUCCCCGGCUGCCCGCUCUGGCCGCCUCACCCAUGCUCUAUCUGUACGGCCCCGAGAGCCCCGGGCUGCCUCUGGCCUUCGCCCCCGCGGCCGCUCUGGCCGCCUCGGGCCGGGCGGAGCCGCCCCAGAAGCCGCCCUACAGCUACAUCGCGCUCAUAGCCAUGGCGAUCCAGGACGCGCCGGAGCAGAGGGUCACGCUGAACGGCAUCUACCAGUUCAUCAUGGACCGCUUCCCCUUCUACCACGACAACCGGCAGGGCUGGCAAAACAGCAUCCGCCACAACCUCUCGCUCAACGACUGCUUCGUCAAGGUGCCCCGCGAGAAGGGGCGGCCAGGCAAGGGCAGCUACUGGACGCUGGACCCUCGCUGCCUGGACAUGUUCGAGAACGGCAACUACCGGCGCCGGAAGAGGAAGCCCAAGCCAGGCCCGGGGGCCCCGGAGGCCAAGCGCGCCCGCGCCGAGACGCAGGAGCGCGGCUCCGAGGCGCAGCCCCAGGCGGGAAGCGGGUCAGAGCGCCGCGGCCCCGCGACCCCCCGCCAGGAGGGAGAGCCCGCGCGCCCCUCGCCCCUGCGCCACGGCUCCUCUCCGCCCGCGCCCCUCCACCGGCCUGGGCCCGCGUCCCCGGAGGAGGACGGGAGCGACACUGUCCAGGGUGCAGCGGCCUUGGCCUUAGGCCAGCCACCUCGAACGGCGGAUGGCCCGGCGUCCCCCCCACGCCCUGCUUCCCACGGCUCUCCGAAGAGCUCCGACAAGUCCAAGAGCUUCAGCAUAGACAGCAUCCUGGCCGGUCGGCGGGGUCAGAAGCCGGCUGGAGGGGGCGAGCUCUUGGGGGGCGCCAAGCCGGGGCCCUGCAGCCGCUUGGGGGCCUCACUCGUGGCCCCCACCUCAAGCCUCCGUCCGCCUUUCAACGCUUCCCUGAUGCUUGACCCCCACGUCCAGGGCGGCUUUUACCAGCUCGGGAUCCCUUUCCUGUCCUAUUUCCCUCUGCAGCUUCCCGACAGCGCGCUUCCCUUCCAGUAAGGCCGGCGGUGGCGCGGGUC